CAGGACCGCCUUGACCCCGCUCCCCCCUCCUCUCUCUCUCUCUCUACAGCCCCCCACAGUCAGUCCGCUCCUGCGCUCCCCUCACACACAGGAGACACUCACUGUAGAGUCAGAGAGAAAGAGAUAGAGAGGGAGAAAGAAAGAGAGAGAGUCCUGGAGCGGAGAGAAGAGGAGCAGACCACCCGAGCGGAGCUGAGAAGAGAUUCAGACCCGAGUCCUGCUGUGUAAUUCCUCCAAACUCCUGAGGGAUGAGUCGCAGUAUUGUGCGCCAGAGUAAGUUCCGGCAUGUUUUUGGACAGCCGGCAAAAGCAGAGCAGAGUUAUGAUGACAUUCGAGUUUCCAAGGUGACGUGGGACAGCUCCUUCUGCGCAGUCAACCCAAAGUUUUUGGCUGUUAUAGUGGAAUCCAGCGGAGGAGGGUCCUUUUUAGUUCUGCCUCUGUCAAAGGUAGGCCGUGUGGACAAAAACUAUCCCCUGGUAGUGGGACACUCUGGACCUGUCUUGGACAUCGACUGGUGUCCUCACAAUGACAAUAUCCUGGCCAGUGGCUCUGAAGACACUACUGCUAUGGUAUGGCAGAUCCCUGACCACACUCCAUCCCGGCCCAUCAGCGAGCCCAUCGUAGUGCUUGAGGGACACUCCAAACGCGUAGGCAUUGUCAAGUGGCACCCCACUGCCCGCAACAUUCUCCUCUCUGCAGGCAGUGAUAAUUUGAUCAUAGUCUGGAACGUGGGCACUGGAGAACCUCUUAUCACAAUGGAUGAUCACCCGGACCUCAUAUAUAACGUCAGCUGGAACUACAACGGAAGCUUAUUUUGCACCACAUGCAAAGACCGCCGCCUUCGUGUCUGUGACCCUCGGAAAAGAGAGGUUGUUGCAGAGAGAAUGGCGCCACAUGAAGGCAUAAGGCCGAUGAGAGCUAUCUUCACCAGGGAGGGCAACAUCUUCACAACAGGCUUUACCAGGAUGAGCCAGAGAGAGCUUGGCCUCUGGGACCCGACAAAUUUUGAGGAGCCCAUUGCACUUUUGGAAUUGGACACGAGUAAUGGAGUCCUGCUGCCCUUUUACGACCCAGACACUAGCUUGGUAUAUCUGUGUGGCAAGGGGGACAGCAGCGUUCGGUAUUUUGAGAUCACAGAGGAGCCCCCCUAUGUUCACUACCUCAGCACAUACAGUAGCAAAGAGCCACAGCGAGGAAUGGGCUUCAUGCCCAAGAGAGGAGUGGACGUCAGCAAGUGUGAGAUUGCCAGGUUAUACAAGCUCCAUGAAAGAAAGUGUGAGCCUAUCAUAAUGACAGUCCCCAGAAAGUCUGACCUGUUCCAGGAUGACCUCUAUCCAGAUACAGCAGGUCCAGAUCCAGCUCUGGAGCCUGAGGAGUGGAUGGACGGCCGAGAUGAUGACCCCAUUUUAAUCUCAAUGAGAGAUGGUUAUGUUCCUCCAAAGAGCAGAGAGCUGAAAGUUUCUAAGAAGAAUGUGCUGGACUCUAAGCCUGCACCUCGAAGGAGCUUGUCUGCUGUUGAUGGGAGCAGUUUGCCACCUCAGUUGUUGGAGAAGCUUGUGGAGGAGAUUCAAAGUCUGAAGGCCACAGUUCUCUCUCAAGAGAAGCGAAUCUGUGACUUAGAGAAUAAACUCUCCAAGUAUACCAACGGCACUGUCUGACCCAUCCAGUAAAGCACAAUCAUCCCUGUACACACUGCCCACACCCUACACCGCCCCUGACAGAUGCACAAAUGUUUAACAUACUACCAUAGCAUUCACCAUAGCGUAAUUGAGCCUUUAUUAUACUUAAAGCUUCUUUUAUUGAGGCUGUGAGAAAUAGUUAAAAGGUAAAUAGAAUACCUUACUAACACACUCACUCAUGCUUUACAGCAUCUUUCCAAAUACAGGUAGAAAUAUGACGCACAUGGACUGUACAUAAGCUAAACAAGUGCCAAAGAAUGUUGCAGAAUUACAAAUUGCCCCUGCAGUUACUCGGCACUGUCUUUGUAAUAGUAAUAAUACCUAUAAAAAGUGUUCACCCCCUUGGAUACUUUCUUUUUAUUGCUUUUAAAAAUGCAAUCAGAGCCAAUAUAUGUUUUUUUUAUAUUAUAAUACCAUGUAGACACCACACUUAACUCUGAGAGACAGGUAUUGAAGAGUAUAAGUCUGUUUUUGUCUGACAAGACCAGUAUAGAGUUGUUUUAGCAUCAGAUUAGAUGGUCACCAAUCCUUGCACAUUACCACGAACCCAAUAAACCCCACUGUGAAGCAUGGUGGUGGCAGCAUCAAUUUAAUGUUUUAAAAUGUAAAAGUUGUCAUAGGGCUCUUGGUGUCUUCCCACACUAGUCUCCUUCUUGCAUAGUGACUCAGUUUAUGUGGACCGCCAGCUCUAAGCAGAUUUACAAUUUUUUUUUUAAUGAUAGAUUAAACAGAAAACAGACAACUUAUAUUGACAGUGGUUUCAUUUAUAAAAGCGAUAUAUAGGAAAUUCACCCAAAGACAUGAAGAGGUUUUACAGUCUAACAUAUUAUAUGUGGGAGCCACUGUAAGAACCAUCCAGAAUUAGUUUUUUGUUUGUUUGUUUGUUUUUUUGUGAUUCUGUUGACCCAGAUCCACAUAGAACAAUAGAUCUUUAGAUUAAGUUGCAGAAAACCGACUUUCUCAGUUUAGAGUAUUUUGCCACAGGAAGACGUACGGCAAGUUUACAACCCCAGUAUAUUCCUAGUGUUGAAUGUAUGACAGUAUACUGCACUCUGUAUAAUGUAACUGCUGUUUCUCUAUUGUUAGCCUGUAGCUGACGCUAAAUAAUAGGGGAGAGCGGGACACAAACUGAUGUCAUUUUCAAAUUAUGACAGUAAUUCGACCUUUUUUGUACCAUUAAAAUAACUUUUUUCAUCAUAAA